UCGCCAUUGCCGCUGGUGGCAGGAGGCUGCGAGGAGCCGGCGCGGUCGCAGUCUCCACGGCGCAGGCCCACGGUAGCGCAGCCGCUCUGAGUAAACCUUGAUGGAGGAACACGGAGUGACCCAAACUGAACACAUGGCUACCAUAGAAGCCCAUGCCGUGGCCCAGCAAGUGCAGCAGGUCCAUGUGGCCACUUACACCGAACACAGUAUGCUGAGUGCUGAUGAAGACUCACCUUCUUCUCCUGAGGACACCUCUUAUGAUGAUUCAGACAUACUCAACUCCACAGCAGCUGAUGAGGUGACAGCUCAUCUAGCUGCUGCAGGUCCUGUGGGAAUGGCGGCUGCUGCUGCUGUGGCGACAGGCAAGAAGCGGAAACGGCCUCACGUGUUUGAGUCUAAUCCGUCUAUCCGGAAGAGACAGCAAACGCGUUUGCUUCGGAAGCUUCGAGCCACGUUGGAUGAGUAUACUACUCGAGUGGGACAACAAGCUAUUGUCCUCUGUAUCUCACCCUCCAAACCCAACCCUGUCUUUAAAGUGUUUGGUGCAGCACCUUUGGAGAAUGUGGUGCGUAAGUACAAGAGCAUGAUCCUGGAAGACCUGGAGUCAGCCCUGGCAGAACACGCCCCUGUGCCACAAGAGGUUAACUCGGAGCUACCGCCUCUCACCAUCGAUGGAAUUCCAGUCUCUGUGGACAAAAUGACCCAGGCCCAGCUUCGGGCGUUUAUUCCAGAGAUGCUCAAGUACUCCACAGGCCGAGGAAAACCAGGCUGGGGCAAAGAAAGCUGCAAGCCCAUCUGGUGGCCUGAAGAUAUCCCCUGGGCAAAUGUCCGGAGCGAUGUCCGCACAGAAGAGCAAAAGCAGAGGGUUUCAUGGACGCAGGCACUACGGACCAUAGUUAAAAACUGUUAUAAACAGCACGGGCGGGAGGACCUUUUGUAUGCUUUUGAAGACCAGCAAACACAAACACAGGCCACAACCACGCACAGUAUAGCCCAUCUUGUACCAUCGCAGACCGUAGUCCAGACCUUUAGUAACCCUGAUGGCACUGUCUCGCUCAUCCAGGUUGGUACAGGGGCAACAGUAGCCACAUUGGCUGAUGCUUCAGAAUUGCCAACCACAGUCACUGUUGCCCAAGUGAAUUAUUCUGCUGUGACUGAUGGAGAGGUAGAACAAAAUUGGGCCACGUUACAGGGAGGUGAAAUGACCAUCCAGACGACGCAAGCAUCAGAAGCUACCCAGGCGGUGGCGUCAUUGGCAGAGGCCGCAGUUGCAGCAUCUCAGGAGAUGCAACAAGGAGCUACAGUCACCAUGGCUCUCAACAGUGAAGCUGCCGCCCAUGCUGUCGCCACCCUGGCCGAGGCCACCUUGCAGGGAGGGGGACAAAUCGUCCUGUCUGGGGAAACCGCAGCAGCCGUCGGAGCACUUACUGGAGUUCAAGAUGCUAAUGGACUGGUCCAGAUCCCUGUGAGCAUGUACCAGACUGUGGUAACCAGCCUCGCCCAGGGCAACGGGCCGGUGCAGGUGGCCAUGGCCCCUGUGACCACCAGGAUAUCGGACAGCACAGUCACCGUGGACGGCCAAGCUGUGGAGGUGGUAACAUUGGAACAGUGACAUGCAGCCAUAUCAUGGCAUCGUUUUCUAGUCUACUUCAAGAUUUUUUACACGUUUGCAGAGGUGCAAUCAAAUGGAAUUAAGUCUCUUGACUUUGGAAGAAAAGUUUUGUUAACCUUUUUUUUUUAAAAAGGAAAAAGGCAGCAGAUUUUGGAAUUGCAUUUUUUAAAGCACCACUCUUGAUUUUCUGGGAUUGGUGGAAUGAGAUACUAUGUUGUCAGUUUCACUGUCCCGAAAAAGCCAAAUUGUGGCAGGACUUCUUUCUGCGGAAACAUGUGUGUAUACUUAUGUGUGUGUAUGUGUGAGUGUGAAUAUAUGUAUAUGUGUACAUAUGGAUAUACACAUUUACAUAUAUAAAGUAUAUAUAUAUGUGUGUAUAUAUAUGUGUAUAUAUAUAUGAAACCCGCAUGGAAGUAACUUUAUAAAAUCAAGGUGAGCUGUGGAAAAAAAUAAUUCACCCAGUUUAGUGGGUGUAGGGUACGUGGCCAGACACAGUCACCCGGUUUUUGUUCGUACCAGGGUCAUGCGUUGAGCUACUGACAAACUCAGGCGGAGGUUACCAUGCCCUUCACCAAAGCUGCCUCCCAGUGGCCACCCAGAAGUCUCCCUGCUGGACUCACCUAAGGAGAUUCCAGAACCGGGUAGGGUCCAGAAACUGUGCUUGCAAGGUCCAAGAGCCUCUGGGUCCAGCAGCUGAGCCGCUCCUCGGGCUGGCCCAGGUGAAUGCCACAUACAGGUGAAUGUCCUUAAAGCUGACCUUGCCACAUACAGGUGAAUGUCCUUAAAGCUCCAGGCUGGGCGGACAAGAGGAUUUCCCUCAGCCUCCUCCUCUUCCCUUCCCAGGAAACCUUCUUGAUCUCCUGACUAUUAAAAUGUUGCUUUGGUUUUAAGGUCAGUCCUGAAGCAGUCAUGUAUAUGAACUGAAGGUAACACAAGUAUUAAGGGUUCAAGGAGUGUGUGCACAUUAAGUGUGCUUGUGGAUGUGUA